AUUCAAAGUAUCCGCCACCAUGUACAAAAUAAUAAUAAUAAUAGUUCGCUUGUCCAGUAAACACGACGCCGAUGUCAACUCGCUACGUUGUCGCUGUCACUGUGGAUAUACCGAAUUUUGAGUUUAGUGUAUGUCAAUUUCAUAAUAUUUUACUAACUUUUGAACUGUGGUCCACAUGUCGAUUUAAUAUUAUUUUACGGACCAACUUAUCCAAGUCAUUAUAUUUUAUAAUAAAACUAAGCAUGGAGUCUUGGAAAAAAGUAUGCAUAAUAGUAUCAGUGUAUGUUGUACUUCGUGAAUUCCGCCCAAUAGAUCCUUUUAUUAUUAAGUAUAUAACGUCUCUUCCAGAAAAAUACACUAUUAAAACAAUUAGAGAAGAGGUUUAUCCUAUGAGUAGUUACGUUAGCGUGUUAUUCAUAGUAAUCCUAUUCCUCAUUACUGAUUAUCUACAAUACAAGCCAAUAAUAAUUUUAAAUGGAUUAUCUGGAAUUAUGUCUUACAGCUUACUAUUAGGAUCUCCAACAAUAUUUGUAUUGAAAUCAAGUCAAAUAUUUUUAAUGCUUUUUAGAGCAGCUGAAGUUGCACAUUAUACAUAUAUGUUUGCAAAAAUUGAGAACAAAGAUCAAUAUCAAAUUGCUACUUGUAUAAUAAAAAUUUCAAUUAUGAUUGGAAAAAGUAGUUGUGGCAUAAUAGCACAAGUUCUUAUAUCAUAUAAUAUUGUAAGAUACGUAUGUUUACUCUACCUAAGUAUACUUGGGAUGAUUUUAACUACGAUCUGGUCAUUAAUUAUGCCACCAGUUAAGUUUAGUUUAUAUUUUUAUAAAGAAAAAGAUAGUACAAUUAUUCAAACAAAAAUCAAUGAAUCUACUAAUGUGAAUCUAGAUAAAAAAAAUAUAAAAAAUUACUUAAUAAAAAUGAAAUUCUCUGAAGUUAUUCAAAAGUUGUGGGAUGAUUUUAAUGUAGCAUAUACGGAUGCUAAUGUAUUUAAAUGGUCAGUUUGGUGGUCGUUGUCAUUUAGUGGUUAUGUAUUGGUUUCCCAUUAUAUUCAACUUCAUUGGGAAGAAAUUGAGCCUCACAGUGAACAAAGCCCUCUAAACGGUGCAGUUGAAUCAUUGGCUACACUAUUAAGCGCUGCAACUAUAUAUGCGAUUGGAAGAGUUAACGGAGAUUGGGACAAGUAUAGAGACAUUAUAAUGGCAAUAGUAGCUAUGGGACUUGGAGUCAUGUUAUAUUUUCUUUCAUUGACUAAAUCUUUAACAAAGUCAUAUGUAUAUUACAUAAUAUUCUGUUGCACAUAUCAGACUAUGGCAACAAUAUCAAGCGCAGGAGUUGCCAAAUUUUUGAAAAGGAAUUGCUAUGCUUUAAUAUUUGGAUUUAAUAAGUUGAUUGGAUACAUUUUAAUUAUUAUAUUCACCAUUAUCAUCGUUGAAGAUAAAUUAUUCUCUUUCGACAUUCGUCAACAGUUUUUAAUCUACAGUGUGUAUUUUAUGUUCUUGGGAUGUUUUUUUUUAUUAAUGGCUUUCAUGUCAUUCAGGCGACUAUGAAAAAAAAUGAAUUAUUGUCGUAACGUGUUUAUAAGUACACCUACAAAUAAAGUGUGCAUUUCAUAAGUGCUUUAUUUGAUAUAAUAAUAUAAUAGCUAUGAAUACAUUUUAUUUUUUUUUUGAUUUUACAGGAGUCAUUAUAUUAUAUUAUUAUAGUACACAUAAUUUCUAUCAUUCGUGAAAUUAUGUGUCAAUAUGUUUAGUUGAAAUCUAUAAACCAGUUAGUAAAUUAUAUGUUCUUAAGCCUAUGUGUAAAAUUAUUCACGAUAACAAUCAUUAGAAUAAUUAAUUUACCGUAUGAAAACAUUGUAUUUUUU